GCUGCGAUCGCGCCGGCACACCGCACUUAUACACGGCCGCGAUCUCAUUUACAUAGCCACCAAACCCGCCCGAUUUGCGUCCAAUCGAAAAACUACGCGCUGUGUCGCCGUCGACGCUUUUGAAGUGCGGUGCCGAGAAGUACCUUUCGAAUUUUGGAUUUUUUCGAGAUUGAUCUCGAAAGACUUUGGUGUCUGUGAUCUAUAGUGCUGCCUGUGUAUGUUGUUUUAUGUGACCAUGGACGAUAUCCCCGAAGCUUUGAACUUUACUGGGAGAACGAGCAUGUCGCCAACAGGUGACAUGCACAGUGGGCACAUGUUGUCGACGCUCUUCGUAAGCCAAGCUAUUUUAGGAAAACGAGACGUUCUUUUGCAGUGUACAAAGGAUCUUCUCCCAUCAGAUUUGCAUAAGGUGAAGUCAGAACCAGAUGUAGUUUCAUACAACCUUCCGUCUCUGGCUAUAUCUUUACACAGUCAUGUAUCAGCAAUAUCCUCACCCGGCGUUUCAACGAUAACCCCAACCAUCUCGUUAGCAGCCACAUCUCUGACGUCUGCAACUGGUUGUAUCGUAGAAGCAGAAUCGCCCAGGGAACCAUCGGAAGCACCGAGCACCGGUUCGAGCACUUCGCCUCAGCCUCAGCCACCUUCAUCUACGACGCCAUCUAGCGGCAGCAGUAGGGGAAAUGGACAAGGUUCACUUUCUGGUUCCAGUACAUCCGAGGACAAUUCCAAGAAACCACCAUAUUCAUACGUAGCGCUAAUUGCUAUGGCGAUACAAUCAACACAUUUGAAAAGGGCUACUUUAUCAGAAAUCUAUCAGUACAUCAUUUCAAAUUUCCCUUAUUUCGAAAGUAAUAAGAAAGGCUGGCAGAAUUCCAUUAGGCAUAAUCUCAGUUUGAACGAGUGCUUUGUUAAGGUCCCUAGGGAAGGCGGCGGUGAACGCAAAGGCAACUACUGGAUCCUGGACCCCCAAUACGAAGAUAUGUUCGAGAACGGCAACUACCGUCGGCGCAGGCGCAUGAGGCGGCCGUACCGAUCAGCCCAACCGUACCCCAAGACCUUCUUCGGGGCGGACGCUCUAACUUCCCAGCACGCGUUGCCUAUGAGAAACAUCUUCACGCCGCCCGCUUACCCGCCACCCUAUUCCAGGUACGACGCAGCGACAGCUGCAUGGUUAGGGCAGCCUACUGCUCAGUUGACAGCUGCUUACACCACCAGUUGCAGUGCAGCUACAGGCACGACAGGAGGAUAUGGACAACAUCAAGCUUAUGGGCCGCCGGCGUAUAGUCCGUGCGGAGUUAGACAGGAUACAGGCGCAAGGUAUCCACCGCCAUAUUGGCCAACAGAUCCGGACUAUUCUAGUACGCCUCACAGUUCCCCUACAACCGAUCCUCAACUGUUACUGCAAUGGUGACUAUGACCACCAAAAUGUAUCUUUUGUGCUUCUGAUCUGGCCAAUGUAAUGAUCGGAAACUCCGGUGAGAGAUAGGCAACUUGCCAUUACGCAGGUUUGUAGUGGUUAAAAUAGUACAUUCUUGUGUUCUAUCAUAAUGUGAUCUUUCGUGGUUUUCGUGAGGUUAUCGUGAAGAUUAGAAGAUCAUUGAAUAUUGUAUUGCUGUGAUGGAACAAUACACAUUUCAAAAGAAUGCGGUGACUUUCAAAAGAAAUUAUUGAAUAAUCAUUCAACUGAUUGAAAAUGAAUUAAUUCACUAGUACUGCUACUACUUACUGAGUUUUCCAAUAGUCCACAUUAAAGAAAAACAUUUUAUGCUUUGAAAGUCACUAUUUCUGUCUGUUACUAUUGUUCGUCAUAAAAUCAAUCAAUGAAAAUUGCUUGUUGGCUGUAGCUGUUCAUAAAAUUUGAUAGCUAUUGAUGUUUACAUUGUUGUACAUAAAACAAUAUCGUUCACGAGAUAUAUCAUACAUACUAUAUAGUAAGCUGUACAAAUUAUUGUAUAUAGAUAUUAAUAAGUUUUAAAUGUUUACAUGUGUCAACAACUUAAUUUAAGUGGUAGUCUAGUUUCAUACUUUCGAAAUGUGAUUUAUCUUCAAAUUGUUUGAGUUUUUAACUCUGUAUGUUCCUUUCUGAUUGGAGAACCUGAAGUUGGAUUAUACAGGAUGAUUUGAAAAAUAAAGGUGUAUCUCUUGAGUAAAACAAUACAUGAGGUACCUAUAAAUAUAGGUCCUGAAAUUUUCCAUCACCAAGGUACAGGGUAUUGUAAGUUUUUACAAUGCCACGUACUGUUUUCGAAUCAAAGGGAUGAUCAAAUGAAACUGUCUCAAGAGAGAUAUUCCGUGUAAAAUUAGAGACCUUAUUCAAAAAUGCAAUAGAUAUAAGUUUUUUUCAUAUUUGUAGUGGUCAAAGUAUGCCAUUGGUGUCACAUUGAGUCACAAAAAAAUCCAUAUUUAUGGGUAAUUUUUUUUCAACAAAACCCUGUACACUGCAAAGCAGAACUUUUGAGACCCGUAUAUGCACAGGAGCUUUCCGUUUUAUUUUUAUUUUUUUGGGUAUUCUCUAUUCUAGACAUGUUUCGACUGUUAAAUCACCCUGUAUAUGGACAUAGCUCUAUACUAGAUGUUUAUGAGAAAGAUUGCAUUUAUAUUGCUAUUACAGCCCAAAAAUUACUUGUACAUCCUAAAACACGAAGUUCUGUGCCAGUCUGCUUUAUGUUUUGCUGCGCACAUAGCCGUUUUGAGCUAUAUAGGGGCUCAGGGCAUACAAAAUCUGCGGGCUCUCAUAGAAUGUUGAAAACGAAUCAUACUUGGCUUUGCCAACCUAUUUACUUUUUUAUUCAAGCGAAUCAUUCUUAUUUACAUUUGCUGUUGAUAUUUAUUCACUUUCACUACGAAAAGCUCGUAAGUUACAAUGCGUACAAGGAAAUGGUUAGAGCAGUCAGAGCUGCUUCUAUUUAAAAAUAUUGAGUGUAGCUUUUGGGAGUUGACAUAGUUUUGUCAAGUUAUUCAAAUAUCUUCACAUUUCGUAAACAUUUCGACGUUUUUUCCCAAUCGCUAAUAUAUGUAUUUUUCAGAUUUAGGGUCUAAUGCGUAGUAUUUCCUGAUUUGGUCUUGUUUGUCUCAUAAUGUGGAAGUGACAAGUUGUCAAAUGUCAAACAUCAAAUGUCUAUAUAUGUAUAUAUACGGGUUUUUUAUGACUACUGUCGGUUCCUGCUUCUCAAACGCUUCAUUUUUCGGUCCAUCCAUCUCCCUCUUGCAGUCCUCUGGAUGUCAUGGACUCUUCAACAUCUUGCUUCUUACGUCUUGGAGGCCUACCACGUUUGCUACGAUCUGGUAGUACCCACUCAUAUACUUUUUUUGGGCAUCUUGUGUUAUAUCCAUACGUUGAAGUCAAGUCAUCGUUGGUUGUCAGAGCGGUCCGUGGGACUCUUGAGUCACAGUGUCAGUUUGUGAGUCUGUCAUCAGGUCUGGUAACCCAGAAACUAGACAAUUUUAAGGAAAAAAGGAAAGGAAAGGAGAUAUAGAAGAACGAGAGCAAAGGGGAAGAGGAGAAUCUUUUACGAUAGGCAGCGUUUAGGCAUUGUUGAAAUCACUUUUGAUAUGGUAGGAAAAUAUUCGAUUUUUUCUAAAGAUUUUGACAAAAUGCUCCAAUUUUGGUUGUUCUAAGUUCACGAAUUAAUUUUGAUUACAGUUCGAGCCGCGGCCUUUUGUGUUUGCGAACUUGCUCGACUGUGUAGUCCACUGACUCACGCAACAGAGGGUUGCUGUACGAUUCCGCUAGGCUAUAGCCCCGCUGCGUUUGUUGCUUAAUGUAGUCCUUUAGGUAAGAGACAUCGAGGUCUUUGUGUUGAGUUUCGUUAGAGACAUACCAUAGGGCGUCAGCAAUAGUGCGCAACGUCCUGCUUUGCAGAACCUGCAGAUUUCGCAUUGUUUUAUCAAUAAAACACCAAGUCGCACAUGCAUAAGUCACUGCUGGUCUUAUGACCACCUUAUAGAGUCGAAUCUUGUUAAUCAAACUUAAUUUUGAACGUUUACAUAAUAAUGGGUAAAGCUGUCGAAACGUAAUUUGGAAUUUAGUUUUUAGCGCUUCUAUAUGGUUCCGCCAAGUCAUCCCUCUAUCCUGAAUGACACCGAGAUACUUAGCGGACGAUUCCCAUGGUAUACGAAGUCCAUAAAUUGAAACUUCAGACGGAACGCCGCGACGUCUUUUUGUAUAGUAGAUUGCCUGCGUUUUCGAAUGGUUAAUUUUAAUUAUCCACCGAUCUGCCCAAUCUAAUACUUCCUCCACCGCACUGUGCAGCCUGUCAUGGACUAGGUGACCAGACCACGACUGAGCCACCAAUGCAGUAUCGUGAACAUAGAGAUAGACUUCACAGUUGCUGGGACUAGGGACGUCAUGGAUGUACAGUGAGUAAAGGGUAGGUCCAAGGACCGAACCUUGAGGGACGCCGGCUGUAAUCAGCCGUAUUGUCGUCAGGACAUUGUCAAUUUUGAUCCGAAAUUUCCUACCGUCAAGGAAGGUUUUCAGUAGUUUUAGAAGCCAAAAAGGAAAGCCCUUUUGGAUUAACUUAUACAGGAGGCCCGCGUGCCACACCUUGUCAAAUGCUUUUGAGACAUCCAAAAACAAGAUUCCAGUACAUUCGUUAAGGGUGAAUCCUCUGGUUACUCGUUCCACCAGCCUAACCGCCUGUAGCUCCGUACUAUGUUCAGACCGAAAACCGAAUUGCACGUCAGGAAUCACAUGGUGAUCUGACGAGCAAUUCUCAAGGUGACGUAGAAUCACCUUUUCAGCGAGCUUAGACGGAGCUGACAGCAGGCUAAUGGGACGAUAAUCCUGGGGAAAUAUCGAACCCACCUUCUUUGGAAUCAUUAUAACUUCAGCGGUCUUCCACGCGAAUGGGAAGUACUGGAUCCUUAGCAUGGCAUUGACCAUUGCCACGCGAAAGCAGCUUCAGAGACUUAUUAGUGUUUUGAUCCUCCCCAGGUGUUUUACGCACUUUAAGGGUCUUGAAUCUCUGCUGGUGUGCAAUGCGGGAUCUCAGGAGAUGCCGCUGAUGUGCUAAACAGAUCUUCGGUUGAAGAAGCUUCUGAAGAAGAAUCUUCUGAUGAAGAAAAAUCACCAACGAUAGCGCGACUGUCACUGACGCCGUUGGCCCUAAAAUAUCUCCUGACAGAUCUGACGAUGUGUUGCUCCUCGUCGAGGUCAUUAUCAAGAUCAUAAUUGGGAGAGAACUGUCUUUCCAUGGCAUCGGCGAAAACCUCAACCUUUUCCUCUGUCCUGAAGACAAUGCCUCCAGGACCGUGGAUGUGUGGGAUUUGUUCACGCUUUCCGUUUUUGAGCGACUUCGCCACCUUCCAGAGAGGAAUGCUUGAGUCAAGCAUCCCCACCAGGAAGUCGUUCCAUUGCUCAUUGCGGAAUUCAUGAAGAGCAUUUCUUACUUCAUGAACAAGAUACGUCGCUUUGCGAAUAUCAUCACGAUGACAAGACCUUUUCGCUUGCUUAAUUGCAGCCCUUUUAUCAGAAAUUUUCUGACGAAUGUCUGCUGGCAGAAAAGGUCUGCCGUGUAGCUGCACGGGAAGUACAGCUGCACGCUGCAGAGCUUGCUGAACAAAACUUCUCCACUCUGCUUGAGCCGCAUCUAUACCGUUCUCAUCAUAUAUGAUCGGAAUAUUGGGGAACUCUCUGAGGAGCGACUUGUAUAGCUACCAAUCAAUGCGUUUUCUUGGAGGGGUUUCGUCCCCCAACAUCUGCUCAUUACCCACUUCCAAAACGGCGGGAAGAUGAUCGCUUGAGGUGUCAUACAUGAUACGAGAAGUGAUACUGUAUCUACAGUUUUUGGAUAAUGCAAAAUCAAGAACAUCAGGUACCUGAAGGUGAUUAAAUGGGUGGUGCGUCGGCUCCGCAGUACUAUUUAUGAGGUAGCCAUUUCGUAUCACAUGGUUGUACAGUCGGAUCCAACUGGCGGAAUUCAUCCUAGAAUGCCAUGCUCGAUGUUUGCAGUUGAAGUCCCCUGCCACAAUAAGUGGAUCCGAGCAGUCUAAAAGGACUUCCAGAUCUGCCUCUUGCAGCCUGAUACCACACCUGACAUACACCGAUGUGAUUUUUAACGUUACACCUCCCCUUCUGUGGUAGUAAAUACCUCGUUUCACUAGCACUGCCAAGCCGUCACCCCGUCCAGUCAAUCUAUCGGCUCGGAUAACAUCGUAAUUCGGGAAAGCUAGACGAUCUCCCGGAUUAAGUAAUGUAUCCUGCGGCAAGGCCACAUCUAUACUUUCGUCCACAAGAGCUUGAAAAAAUUCCCGUUUUUUGGGAAUGUCCCUUAGACCCAAACAAUACCAAAAAAGAUUUUUGACAAAUGCAGGCCGUCGUCUAUUGUACCUAGCCAUUUGCAGGAAAGAUCGCCUGCAAAGCAUGUGUUGCGCUAAUCAGAGAACCUAUGAGGACCUUAGCGCUGUUGCCAAGUCCACAUUUUGCGUGUUCGGCAGCCCUUGUUGCAUCCCUAGCUGCAUCCGCGUAACUUACAUUGCUGCAUCUGGGGCAGUAUGACUACCAGGCAUGGGCACGUCGGGAAUAUUCUCUCUGUUGCAACUCUUCCUUUAUCUCCGUUUCCGAGGGUAAAGGGAAAGUGUGGUGGGGCACCUCUUCCUCCCUGAAGAGACGAAUAAUCCUGCGGUAAUCAUCCUCGGACUUGGGAAUUAUCCUGAUUCCUGCAUCGACGGCAACCGCGCGUUCGAAUUUGAUGCCCAAAGAAAUAAACUUGGGAUCUACGCCUCGCCAUCUCGAAGCAUCGCGAAGAACGAUGGAGAUAACACGUACCUUGCGUGGGGGCUGUGCAGCCGUUACUUCUGAUACCUGAGAUCGAAGGCGAAGAAGUAACCGAUCGAUUGGGCACUGGCUGUUUAUUCGAGUCGCUUGCAGUUGAACGGGACGUUUCAGACUGCGAUUUUGGUGGAAGGAGAGGAGGAAAUCCUGUCUUGUUUCAUCGCGAUUUACGGGGCUUAACCUUGAUAAAACCGUCAGGGAGUCUAUCGUCGUCAGUGGAAUGAUCGCUUGAAUUAUUUAACGGUCUCUUACGAUUGACAGCUUUGCCUUUACUGGGAUUUUGUUGGAGUGUUUGGCAAGAAUGUGUAAUAUUUAGAUGGGAAGGUACCUGGGUUUUCAGUAGGAGGUCUAAUUUAAUUGUUAGGUCGUUAAUUGUCCGCUGCUGGGCUUCGAUGAUCAUCAUCAAUCUUUCAUUGGUCUUCUUAUCGUCCUUUUUUGACAGCUCCUGUCGAACCAUCUAAAAUUCGGCUCUCAACUCCUCUACCGUCUACUCCUUCGACUCCGUCUCGAUCGCCAUGGUGGAAGCGCCAUUUUCUGACCCCCCUGGCUCAGUUUCCAUAGUAAAUACCUCAGUUAUCUCGCUUUUUGUCUCAAAAAUGGUCUGGGUGAUUCCAUACGUUGAAGGUGACCAUACCAAAGUAAUCUUUUUGUUUCAAUCGUUUCUAAUAUGUUGUGGUCUACUUCCAUAAUUUGUCUAAUUCUUUAGUUCCUAACAUGUUCUAGUCUGGAAAUUCAUCAACUUCUUCUCUUUGUCAUCUACCAUAUUUCUGAGCCUUACUUUCUACUAUAGCUUUGAAUAUCAAUUUCUUGCUAUUGCUGUGCUAUUUUAUUUGAAAUGUCUUGGUUGCUGUUACCAUUCACCGUAAACGUUUGACCCAGAUAUUUGAAUGAUGUUGUGUUCUGUAUGCUAUAGUUUCCAACAUCCAAAUCAUCUCUAUCGCUAUCACCUACAAUCAUAUACUUGUUUUUUUUACAUUAAUUGUCAAUCCCCGUCUCACGUACUCUUCUUCCAGUUUCCUAAACAUAUAAACGAGUCAUCUUUAUCACCUGCUAUCAAAACCUGGUCGUCAGCGAAUCUAAGGACAUCUUCUCCCACUGGUAUUCCCAUAUGGCGACAUUUCCUCUUCCAGUUUACUAAAACUGUUUCAAUAUAUACCUUGAAAAGAGUCGGCUCAAGUGAGCACCCUUGUCGUAGUCCUUUGGCUACUGGGAAUUCCUCUGAGAGUUGUCUGCCGCUUUUGACCAUGCUGGUACAGCCACAAUACAGAUUUUUGUCAGCAUUCACAUAGACCCUAUCAAAACCACAUUUAAUCAUGCAUUCCCAUAACUUGCAUAAUGGGACAGUGUCAUAAUCCAUUUGUAAAUCAAUGAAUGUUAAGUGUACCGGACUACCCCUUUCUACCUUUUUAUCAACUAGAUCAUUUAAAGUAAAGAUCCCAUCAAUACAUGAACGCCCAGAUCGAAAACCAUUCUGUCCUUCAAAAUUUCUUACUUGAUCUUCAAGUUUCGACACUAAUUCCUUCCCAUAUAAUCUAGCUACCCAACAUAUGACACUAAUUACUCGGUAGUUGUUACAAUCACGUCUGCUUCCCCUCGUCUAAACUGAUGUUGUAAUGGCCUUUUUCCAGUCAGUAGGCGGAUCGCUACCACGCAGACAUUUAUUAAAUAGGUUUACUAGAAUGUCUAAUAUCCUACCUUUAUUAGUUCGGCCCUGAUAUUUCCUAACCCCGACGCCUUGCCGUUCUUCAUUUGUGACAAUGCUAUGCAAAAAUCUUCAGUGAAGAUUAGAGGAAGGUUUGGCAGCUCUGUUUCAUCUCAUUCAGUAACUCAACUCUGCUUUCUAGGAAUUCGUAUCUAUCUUCAGUCAAAAGCGCUUUAUAGUGUUCUGUCCACGUAUUCACAUUUAUUAAGUCCAUACCGGCUUUAUCCUUGUUCUGUGUUCUUAAGCCUUUUAAAAUUUUCCAGGUCUUAUUGGUUCUCGUUUUCCAACGCAGUUAUUUACCUCUUCACAAACUUCCUCCCGGUGAUCGUUUUCUGCUUUAUUCACUUCUAAUAAUACUUUUGUGACAAUAAACAUUAUUAUUAUUAUUAUUAUUUUCGACGUAUACGCCUAUACUCUUCUCAAUCGUCUUCUUUUGUUGUAAUCCACCUUCUAUACGCCGCGAUUUUUUUCUUCCACAAUACGUUCAACGGGUAUGAUUUGUUGAUUUUCCUGGAACUGAUUUUAUGCCUAAAGCUUCUUUCGCAGCCUCGUUAAUCUGCCUUUUCAGUUGUUCAUACAUAUCGUUAGGCGUACCAUCUUGGACAGAAUCCAAUUUUGUGACUAAUCGUAACUGAUAUAACGAGUUUUAUCAUCUCUCAGACUAUCCAGGUACAAUGUAUUUGAUCAAUUCCAGCAUGGUAUACGGAUUCAGGUGUUCCUUGAUUUAGUCUUAUCUUAUAGGGAAAGUAGACUUUACAGAGUAAAAAGUACAGGCCACUUCAUCCUUAUUUUUUAACAUUUGCUUCGACGAAUACGUGGAUCUACUACUUUUGGUUAGUAUCUAUUCUGAAAAUUCAUACUUGAUAACAUGUAUUUUCGAGGUUUUAAGAAGACGAAAAAAGAAAAAUUAUAAAACUUGAGGAAGAAGGUGCCUUUUUUCGAUCUUAGCUAUCAAUGGCAAAGCAAACAAUGCGUCUUCCUAGCAAGUAAACCUUUUGCUUUCCUCAAUGACCACAAUAUAAUAAAUAAAUUCGAAUUUGGGCUGUCUAUUUUUUAGACAGAUCUAAGUUUUUGUAACUCCUUUCAGACGAGACUGCUCAACAGAUUAUCAGAUCGGUCUCUUGAAGUGUAAGGUUCCCCGACCUUAGGUCAUUUGGGGCGCUCUCAGGACGGGGCACUAGACACCUUGAGCUUGCAAAUUCGAAUCCCGUCCCAAGAAAUUUUUUCUCUUUGCUAUGGAUGAUUAUGUGAUGGUCCGUAGGUGGUAGACGGUCUCGAACUGUCGAGCGUGGAGGUACCACCCGGCGGAUUCUUAAGGAGGGCCAGAAUAUGUGCAUAUCUCAUGCUCACGUAUUCCCUCGAUAGAGGCCGUGUGACGUCUCCUCCUUUCCCCUGUAAGCCCCUAUUGCCCCACCGUGUCCACGGGUGUUUAGGUCUUAGGCCUUCGUGAUGGUUCAUUCAUAAAAAGUGCCUCUUGGGCACAUAGGUUGAAGACGGAAUAGUCCCUCACCAGGUGCAACUAUGCACAUGUGCCUAAUUCUUGUUAAAUUGGAAACGUAGCUUAACGCAAAAUUAUUGUUUUUCGGGGUGUACGAUUUAUUUUUGGAUCCUGUACUGUGCGCAUUUACAAGUCAAACUACUUAUUAGUCCGUAAAUGUAACUGGAGAAAAAUAGAUGUUAAUUUUAUUUAAUCCGUCCGUUCAGAAUAGUAGGACAUCCAUUGUUGUCCUUGUUUAUGUAUCACUAUUUAUCUAAUUUAACGUUGUAU